CAACUGGGCCAAUGAGCGGCGACGGGAGGUGAAAUCCGGUUCUAACCGGUCCGGGGCUCCCAGCGCUAUAAAAACUUUAUAAACCCCCCGGAGCCCGAGCAGUGUGAAGAAGCAGCGAGGACGACCCCCGGACGGACCGAGCCCGCGCGCCGCUGUAUACCCGCGUUCAGCGCCGACGUCCCCUGCCGCCGCCAUGCCCAAAAGAAAGGCUGAAGGGGAUGCUAAAGGAGACAAAGCCAAGGUGAAGGACGAGCCACAGAGAAGAUCCGCAAGAUUGUCUGCUAAACCUGCUCCUCCAAAGCCAGAACCCAAGCCUAAAAAGGCCCCUGCAAAGAAGGGAGAGAAGGUACCCAAGGGGAAGAAGGGGAAAGCUGACGCUGGUAAGGAUGCGAAUAACCCUGCAGAGAAUGGAGAUGCCAAAACAGACCAGGCACAGAAAGCUGAAGGUGCUGGAGAUGCCAAGUGACGUGUGUGCGUUUUUGAUAACUGUGUACUU